GCGGGUUCUGUUUAAGCUCGUUGCGGAACGUAGUUAUAGCGAUAUCCCCGCGAUUUUAUUUUUAAAUCCUGUCGCGGUUCAGUACAUAUAUACAUUCAUAUCUAAAAGCAUUUCGCAUUUGUCGUACUAAUACAAUAUUUAUCAUUAUCAUUGACACGUUUCGUUGGAUAUCUGAUAAUAGAAUCAAUAAACAAAGUGUUAAAUAAUUCAUUAAAAAAAUGGUGUUGACGCUGUGAUUAUUGAAAUGAAGUCCCAUAAAAUGGGAUGCGAUGAAGAUCUUGUGAAGUGUGCGGUGUUUUGGACUAAUUUUAUUUUAGCGUUAGUUGGAAUUUCUCUCAUAUCACUAGGAAUAAUCUACAAAGUAAAUUAUGAAGAAAUAAUAGACGCAAUUCCAGACGAAUUCGAUGAUCUCACGAUAAUCCCAGUAUUAAUAAUACCUGUUGGCACAUCUUUAAUAGUUUUAGCAGUUUUUGGUUGCUACGGAUGCUUAACAGAAAAAAUAAAAUACGUCAUUGUGUACAUUAUUAUACUUCUUCUGCAAUUUGUGAUACAACUGGGAAUAGGAAUAAAUGCCAUAUAUAAAUUAGGAAAUGAACAAAUUUUUAAACAUCAUCUGGACGUGACAAUGGAGGAUGUAUUUAGGCGUUCUAGUGGAAAGCAACUUGUUGAUCUUAUCCAACACAGAUUAAGAUGUUGUGGCUUUAACGGACCUGAUUUUUGGGACCAUCUUAUACCAAGAAGUUGUCUAAAAACUGAUUCGACGGAUAUAUUUAGAAGUUCUUGUAGCAUUGAAAUGUUCGAAUAUGUCAAAUACUGCCAGCAUGUUUUGGGAACUGUCAUUAUUGUUUUAUCUCUUGCGGAGAUAAUAGCAUCGAUCGUGUCUCUCUUUUUUGUUCAUUACCUCAAGAACAAUUUAUCCAGGGACUUCAUUUUUAUAAAAGAGUAUACAUUUGAAGAGGGAGAGAUUUGAUGAAAGAUUUUAUUUAUAUAAGUUCUAAGUUCAGUUUUUAUAAUAUUUAUAUAUAUUCUGAUUCAAUAAGAAUCUUUAAAGAUUGAUAUAUUUUUCUACCGGUGUUAUUACUACUAUUUAAAUUAAAACAUUUUUC